UGCUUUUAACUCCUGGAUUGCAAGAGGAAACGGAUUUAUUCGUUCGAACAUCUUUUUUUUUUUCCAGACCGAGAGACCAAAUCAAGUUGUGUUCAAUGCGCAACCAUGCUUAUCAUCUCGUCUCGCAGCGCGCUGCUGUCCGUCUACUACCCGCAGAUCUUCCUCAUCCUCACCAGCGGUAGCUACCUGGCUUUGUCUUCUGUCGUGGCUCUCGGCGCGAACAUCAUCUGCAACAAGAUCCCAGGACUGGCGCCCCGUCAGAGAGCCCUCUGUCAGAGUCGUCCCGAAGCCAUCAUAGUCAUCGGCGAGGGCGCCCAGCUCGGCAUCAAUGAGUGUCAGUAUCAGUUCCGUUACGGCCGCUGGAACUGCUCGGCCCUGGGAGAGAGGACCGUCUUUGGACAAGAGCUGAGAGUAGGCAGCAGGGAGGCAGCCUUCACUUACGCCAUCACCGCAGCCGGAGUGGCCCACGCAGUGACCGCCGCCUGCAGCCAAGGCAACCUGAGCCAGUGCGGCUGCGACCGGGAGAAGCAGGGCUACCACGACCAGGAGGAGGGCUGGAAGUGGGGGGGCUGCUCGGCCGACGUCAAGUACGGCGUGGACUUCUCCCGGCGCUUCGUGGACGCCCGCGAGAUCAAGAAAAACGCCCGGAGGCUCAUGAACCUGCACAACAACGAGGCGGGACGAAAGAUCCUGGAGGAGAGGAUGAAGCUGGAGUGCAAGUGUCACGGCGUGUCGGGCUCCUGCACCACCAAGACCUGCUGGAUCACCCUGCCCAAGUUCAGAGAGAUCGGCUACCUGCUGAAGGAGCGCUACAGCGAGGCCGUGCAGGUGGAGCCGGUGAGGGCCUCGCGCCUCCGCCAGCCCUCCUUCCUGCGUCUCAAGGAGGCCAGAGGCUACCAGAAGCCCACGGACACGGACCUGGUGUACCUGGAGCGCUCCCCCAACUACUGCGAGGAGGACACGGCCACGGGGAGCACGGGGACGCGGGGCCGCCUGUGCAACGGCACGUCGGCGCACACGGACGGCUGCAACGUGAUGUGCUGCGGCCGCGGCCACGACACGCACCACUACACCCGGGUGUGGCAGUGCAACUGCAAGUUCCACUGGUGCUGCUUCGUCAAGUGCAACACCUGCAGCGAGAAGUCGGAGGUUUUCACCUGCAAGUAG